AGAAGACAUGUUAUAUAAGGAGGGUCUUAAGACUUCCUUGUUAGAACGUACAUGGGCAAAGCUAUCACUGGUUGCUGUGAAUAGGGCGUUGCUGCGGCAUAGUGGAAGAUGAUAUAUCUACUGACGCUCUGUUUACUUGUCGCCAUAAUGGCAGGGCAUGUCAUACGUGCACAGUCAGAUCCUUGUGUGACGUUCGAAGCGUUUCCAAAUACUACUCGUCGAGGUGCAACAAAUCAGUUGUCUGCUGGUGAUACGGAAAUUGAUGACAGGGACGACCUAACUGACGUUUGGUACGGCAAUGUCCGGUAUCUACUCCUCGACACAGCCCCGGGCUUCUUGAAGUGUGGUACUUGGUUUCCCGUGUGGAGGCGAUCACACAACCGGUCGGUAGCAGAGAUGUGCGUCCAGUCCACAACCGACGACUGCCAACGACAAUUUUACAUCGAUAUGAAAGACUGCGAUGGUUACGAGGUGUAUCUGUUGAAACGUCCGCCAAUAUACAGAGCGGGCUUUUGUGUCGCCCCAAAUCCAGAAGCUGCUCCAAAGUUUACCAAAGUCCUUCCAUCAACACAAGUCUAAAACACAUGUUUGCCUCUAGUGAGUUACUGUUUCGAUGUCAGUUCAACCGGUCUUCUACGCAGAAGCUAUGGUACGAAACCAGCUGGUAUGUUAACGAUGUACUCACAACAACCUUUGAUCCCAUGGAAUGGACCUCGGGUGGAUUUGAUUAUGUUGCCAACAAUACCCUCACAGAGGCUAUUCUUAAAACGAAUGGCAUUUCAAAAGCAGGUUUUAACUUGUCUUGUGCUGUGAGAGCUCAAUUCGCUCAGGGCUUGCCGAAGGGGAAUCACUCCUUUUCUGAUAUGGACUUUAUUGGAAUCAAGAUUUUGCAACCAGAAGUUGUGCUGAAGGAAGGAGAGACGACAAAUGUCCACAUACAGAUGACAGUUCCUUUCGGUUGUGGCAACAUCACUCAGAUUCUGAUGACACCAUGCGAGUUUACUGUAGAGGUGGAGACAGCUGAUCCAGAUGGGUGUGGCCAAGCUGCUGUCAUCCAAUCUCGAUGUGGCAUUCCUAACAUACCCGCGACUGAUUGGUCUAGGCGUUCACCAAUCAAAGUGUUAGGCAGAAUUACACCAGAGUAUGGACGACAAUCGGCCAUUACAACACUGAAAGUGAAAGUUCCUGACAGUUUUGCUUUCCCAUUUUGGAAAGAAUAUCAUGUUGGAAAUAUUACGGUGACACUGGAGAGAGACACAGCCCUCAUUCAACAGAAACGCUGUUCAUCCACUAACGAUCCAUAUUUAUACACAUUUGAUGGAUUAUGGAAUCGAUAUGACUUGGCUGGCGUGUUCACAUUCUACCGACACCUUACCGACACAGUGGAGGUGCAAAUCGAGACAGAGAAUUGCGGGAGAUUUGGAUUCUGCAACUGUGGAGUAGCCGUGCGAUCUGGAAAGACAGUGUUUGAGCUGAGCCACUGUAACUCCAACAUCUGGCACAUUGGGUACACCUCAUGCCGAGACGGGGGAGGGGCCAUGGACGUGAAGCGGAGGGGGUCAUCAUACGAGGUAUACCUUCCUAGUGGAGCCAAACUUCAGGCGUACAUUGAUGGAUCCAGACUAAAUAUUUACUUAACCCCAUCCAUCCAAGACCGGAACAAGACUCGAGGCCUUUGUGGCAUUCUUUCGUCAACAUCAGAUGAUGACUACAUGACAAGAGAUGGGUCCCUGGCUCCGUUUGACCAGUUCACCAGUUCUUGGAGAGUCGAUCCCCCAAACAACCUCUUCGAACCUUCGGUAGUAUCCCAGAUAACGUCCAUUGCCCCGGCUGUGGACCAGUAUUGCUCUUGCGUCAAUACCAAGAUCACCUGCUCCGCAAUGACCGCAUCGCGCACCUGUACGGUGCCGGCAGGAUACAGAUCAGUUCCUAGAAGACAAUGCACUAUAUCUGGUGCAAGAAAGAAACGAUGUGCAAGGAAUCCAGUGUCGCGUGUGAGAAGGCAAACUAGAACUGGUGAUCCAGAAUGGGGAGGUGGUUGGACGGAACAGAGGGCCAAUGAAUUCUGCCGACAAUUGAUCACAUCGUCGAACACAACAGCAUUAUGUCAAGACGUUCCUGGUGUUGACGUGAACGCUAGUCUCAGCCAAUGUGUCACUGACAUACAGUUGAGCCAGUCUACUGAAUUCUCCCAACUUGAGCUGGACAGUGUCCGGGCACCUUGCAUUAAGGAAGUCAUGGUAAACCCAGCGUUGAGAGAAGUCCAGUCUGGGUCAUCGCAGUCCAUCUUCGACAGAGUCACAGAGCGGUCAUGUCUCGGGGAGUGCUCCGGAAAUGGAUUUUGUGUGAAUGGUUCGUGUGAGUGUAACACUAAUACCGGAGGUGAAGACUGUUCCGUGGAUCUCACCAAGCCUCCAGUUUUGUACGACGUUGCCGACGAUGGUCACUGUGACAUUGGAAACAGUAGUUGCCGUGAAGUCUCUGUGUUCGGUUCAGUGUUUACUGGUGGAGUGGACUCGAAGUGUAUGAUUAGAAGUUUCGCGGUGCAAGAAAACGGGCACAUGGAAUAUCAAGAAAUGUCCACUACAGCCGCUGUCGACGAAAGUAUAAGCGAAGUGUUGUGCUCGGUGCACACAAGAAAAAAGCGUUCAACAUCUUCUCCGGCCGACGUAGUUGCAGCUUACAACAUCUCCGUGUCCAAUGCUGACGACAUCUACAGUGACGGAAUUGUUGUGCUGGUCUACGACUCCAGGUGUGUCAUAGUCAACCAUACGACUAGACAAUGGAACAUUCAGGAAGGCUACUGUAUUCACAACAGGCUGUGUGUACAGGACGGGAGGCCAAAGUCAGGAUCUGACUGCGAAAUAUGUGACGCUUCCACCUCCCCCGCUGUCUGGAUCAACUCAAAUGCUUGUAGAUCAACUACUACUACGAACAGGCAAACCCAAACGAGUUCAAAUACAUACGGUGUACAUACUACUAACAUCCUACCAAAAACAAUUCGAACGUCAACUAUGCCACCGGAAGAACAUCGUACAACCCUGGUAUCAGCGUCUCGGGCAACUGGCAACACGGACAACUGGCAAUGGGCGACUACAACAAGCCUUCCUUCAAUAGCACAUACUACAACAAACCUUCCAUCACCAGGACAACCUACAACAAGCCUUCCAUCACCAGGACAACCUACAACAAACCUUCCAUCACCAGGACAACCUACAACAAACCUUCCAUCACCAGGACAACCUACAACAAGCCUUCCAUCACCAGGACAACCUACAACAAGCCUUCCAUCACCAGGACAACCUACAACAAGCCUUCCAUCACCAGGACAACCUACAACAAGCCGACCAUCGCCAGGGCAAACAAAUAAGAACCCCAUGCAGUCGGAACAGACAUCAACAGUAAAUUCCACGAUGCUUACCACUAGCAAGUCAUCACCGAAUGUUACGUCACCACCAAUAAGAGGAUCUGUUACAAUGCCAGAUUCGUCCGCUAUUAAAGACGUAAUGGAGUUUCGUUUAUUGUUACUUGCAGUCUUUUUGUCUGAUGUCUUCUUGGCAUAUUAUUGAUGUUACGAUGGCAGUUGGUGUAUAUGUUAUCUUCAUGUUGAUUGUUCUUGAAACGGCAUAUUAUAUGGCAUAUUUGUUCUACAGGUUAACAUAUUUAUGGGUUGUUUUGUAUUUUCAACAAAUGUUGUUUUUUUCAAUGCGUUCAAUUUAACUCUGAUUUUUAUUGGUGAAUUGUAUCGAGUAAAAUGUAUAUGUACGUGGUGGUAGCACUUAUUGGUGUAGAUUGCACAAUAUUAUUCAAUAUGUAGUGCUAUGUAGUAUCUUCAACUCUGUUGCAUUUCUCCUCCACACAAACGUAUAUAGUGUCAUGAGGUGUAUAUCUUGUAUUAAUCAGGUACAAUCCUACAUACGUUCCGUUGAAAUUCAUGUACAUGUGCACUUAUCACGAAGCACCCUAAACAUAUUUAGAUUUGGAUUGUAAAGUUAAACAUCUUAAGAGUCAAAACAUAAAGUAUUGUUUAACAAACAUUUACUCCUGCAUGCUGUUAUAUUUCAGCAAACUAAAGGCAAACCCAAAAAUAUGCAGAAUCAAGCCUUUAGUUUGAAUGUUUGGACUUAAAGAAAUUACUGAAAUGUGAUUAUGUGACUUGAAAAUAAUGACAGCGGACACACACAUUACACAUAAAUCAUCCUGAUUACAUUCCCCGUAUAGCACAAGGCUAUUAAAGAGCGAUGCACUGAUGUCUGCAAUGGUAUUCAACUCGAAAUGAUAUACAAUAUCCCUUUUUUUAUUGUUCCAAAGGUUGACUGUUUUAUGCAGAUAUUUAUAUUAGAUAUGGAAAGAGGUUUCUUGCAUUAUUACAUCGCCUGCAGCAGGUUGCGGAUUGAAAGACGGGUACGUCUCUGUUGAGAUAUCGAUAUAUUGUCGGAUUCAUGAAUUUUCCAUAUAUUUAAGCUAAUAAUGAAAAGUAUUUGUAAUUUUGAUAUUGAAUGUAAUUUUGAUGUUGUCAAUAAAGCUU